AUGGAGCGGGCCCUGACCACCUCCUGCUCCCUGCGUUGCGUGCCCUUUGCCCACCCAGCCAGGCACCCGAGGGCUGCCAGAGCCCCCCUGCUCCGUGCCAUGGCCAGCCCCGUGGACCAGUCCCUGAACCCGCUGGUGGCCUCCCUGCGCCCCUCCGCCACGGUGCAGCUGACCGACACGGCGGUCCGGCUGCGGGAGGCGGGCGUGGACGUGGUGGCGCUGGCGGCGGGCGAGCCCGACGCGCCCACCCCCGCCGCCGUCUGCGCGGCGGGGAUCGAGGCCAUCGCCUCCGGCCUCACGCGCUACACGCCCAACAACGGCACCGCCCCGCUCCGCGCCGCCAUCGCAAAGAAGCUGGCGGCCGAGAACGACAUGAUCGUGGACCCAGCCCAGGUGGUGGUCUCCAACGGCGCCAAGCAGGCCGUGUGGCAGGCCCUGCUGGCCACCUGCGGCCCGGGGGACCAAGUCCUGAUCCCCGCGCCCUACUGGGUGUCCUACCCAGAGAUGGCGCGCCUAGCGGGCGCCACGCCGGUCGUGCUGCCCUGCCCCGCCGCCGAGGGCUUCCUGCUCACGCCCCGGCGCCUGGCGAGCGCGCUCACCCCCGCCUCCCGCCUCCUCAUCCUGUGCUCCCCCUCCAACCCCACGGGGGCGGUGUACCCCGAGGCCACGCUGCGCGCGCUGGCGGAAGUGGUGGCCGCCCACCCGCGCCUGCUCGUCCUCUCCGACGAGAUCUACGAGUACGUGGUCUUCCCCCCCGCGCGCCACGUCUCCUUCGCAUCCCUGCCGGGCAUGGCGCACCGCACCCUCACCGUCAAUGGCUUCUCCAAGGCCUACGCCAUGACCGGCUGGCGCCUGGGCUACCUGGCGGCGCCUCCAACCUUUGCCACCGCCGCGGGCGUGGUGCAGAGCCAGUGCACCUCCGGCGCCAGCAGCAUCGCGCAGCACGCCGCACUGGCCGCGCUGGGCCUGGGGCCGCACGGCGGCGACCCCGUGGCGCGCAUGGUGGCGGCCUUCAGGGAGAGGAGGGACUACGUGGUGGCGCGCCUGCGCGCCAUCCCGGGCGUCGUCCUGGAUGCGCCCGACGGCGCUUUUUACGUGUUUCCCGACGCCUCGGCCCUGGUGGGGCCGGGCGCUGAAGCCCCGGGAUUCGGGCCGGUGCCCACCGUGGCCGAGCUGUGCAGAUACAUCCUGGAGGUGGCGCACGUGGUGGUUGUCCCCGGAGAGGCCUUUGGCGAGCCGGCCUGCUUCCGCAUCUCCUACGCGACCUCCAUGGAGCAGCUGGAGAAGGGGCUGGACCGCAUCGCCGCCGCCCUGGCGCCCGAGAAGCUGCAGCGCCCAUCCGACGUCGCGGCGUGA